UCUCUAGAAUUUUCUAGUCUCACGCGUUCUACAAAUUCGAGUCUUCCUUCCAGAACAAGUUCCAUCUCUGAAUCUUUCCUUGAAACUUCAAAGAACAGAAACUUCUUGGUGCUCUAUAUAUACAGAGAUCAAAAAGCCCCUUUCACCUGUAAGUGGUGAUUGAGAAGAAGAAUUAAUUAAGAAGAGGAAGAUGUGUUUGGUAUUUGUGUGCGAUGAGGACGAGAGGGUCGUGGGGAGGCAGCCGGCGCCUGGUGCGUGUCCAUACUGUGGAGGGAUGAUUCAGGCCAUGGACGUGCAGAGCCGGUGGAGGUUCUGUUUCUUGCCUCUCUAUUUCAAGAACAAACGGAAGUAUUACUGUACUAUUUGUGCUCGACGAUUGGUGAUCCAAUAGUAUUUAUACAUCUUCUUAGCUUUUCUUCUCCGAUGUGAGUCGGAGAAGUUCCUCCGAUUUCGCCGUUCACGCUUCUUAGUUUCCUACAUAGGCGUGGCCUUUUUUGUCAGUUUUUCUUCUACAUAAGUUUGUGUCUAUCUAUAUCCUGGUUGUACUGAAUGUUUAGUUGGAAUAUUUAUGUGCACAACAACUUCAUCGAUUACAAAAUACCUCUUUUUAAG